AUGGCUAAGGUCUCCGUCAAGGAAUGGGAUAUGGUUAAGACACUCAAUGAGUUCAGGAUCCAAGUAGAAUCUCAAGAUACAAAAGCAUGUCUUAGUGCACAGAAGGUGAUGCCUAAGUUAAUGAAUGAAGUCAUGGAGGCCCAGAAGCACGAUCAAGAAGUAGCCUACAUCAAGGGAUGUCUAGAAUCAGGAGAACCCAUGCCCGAUUGGGUAAUUCACCCCGAUGGGAGUUUAAGACACCAAGGUAGAUUAUUUGUACCAAGUGACGAGUUACUUAGAGAAAAGGAAGCUCUUGGUACUGAAUUGUGUUUUAGCACCACCUUUCACUCGCAGACGGAUGGACAAUCUGAACGCACAAUCCAGACACUCGAAGACAUGUUGAGAGCUUGUGCAAUGGAUUUUCAAGAAAGUUGGGAACGACAACUACCCCUAAUUGAAUUCGCCUAUAACAACAGCUUUCAAGCUAGCAUCUGUAUGGCGCCUUUUGAAGCAUUAUAUGGACGACCUUGCAGAUCGCCGAUUUGUUGGAGGGAAGGUUACUUAGAUCCUGAAUAUUACAUGACUCAACAAUUGACUGAGAAGAGUGACGUAUAUAGCUUUGGUGUGGUGAUGCUUGAACUGAUAACAGCUAAGCAACCAAUUGAGAAGGGAAAGUAUAUUGUCCGCGAGGUAAGAAUGGCAAUGGAUAAGAAUGAUGAAGAACACUAUGGCUUGAGGGUGCUAAUAGACCCAGCCAUAAGAAACAUGACAAAUCUUAUAGGGUUUGGGAGGUUCUUGGAGUUGGCAAUGCAGUGUGUAGAAGAAUCAGCUGCCGAUCGUCCAACAAUGAGUGAAAUAGUGAUGUAUCUAAAAACGAUUGCUCUUAACUUCGAUUGA